AUGGCGCUUAACAGCCAGGGAGUCAUUUCUCGCACGGCGGAGGAUACAGACAACGACGUGCAGCAGAGACUCACCAACUGGGAAAACCAAGCAUGGAAGGAAUGGCCAUCGAAGGCUCAGUUUGAAGGACUAGAGGAGCAUCGUGGACCAGUCCAGCUGACGGUCAAGGGCACCAUCCCAUCAUGGGCUGCUGGCUCUCUGUUCAGAACCGGACCAGGUCUGGACAGAGUGGAGGGCACGGUCAGGGGCACCCACUUCAUCUCCCACUGGUUUGACGGCAUCGCCCAUAGCCAUCGAUUCGACAUUAUCCCGCCCUCAGAGGCCGGUGGCAGCGCAACUGUGACGUAUUCCUCGCGGCGACACUCAGAUGAAGCCGUUGCUGAGAUCAAAAAGAAGGGCUGGCCGUCGAGCGUCACCUUUGCUCAGCGGGCUGACCCCUGUAUUGGAAUCUUUGCAAAGGUCAUGACCGUCUUCGUCCCUGGCAAGAGCAACACCAACGUCGCCGUCAUUCCAGAUAUGCCCGGCGGCGAUGACGUUGAGCAGGGAGAUUCGUCAAAGGGCAAGGCCUUGUACGUGCUCACCGACAGCUCGGCCGUGAGCAAGCUCGACCCCAAGACACUGGAGCCCAUUGGCAACGCCAAGCAGACGUCUCUCCAUCCUGACCUGAAGGGCCCAAUUUCUUGCGCUCACACGCAGCGCGAUCCCGAGACGGGAGACAUGUUCAACUUCAACCUGGAGCUAGCCGGGCCUCAUCCGACGUACCGCAUCUUCCGGGUCAACGCCCAUGACGGGACAACCGACAUUCUUGCCACCAUUUCGAGCAAGGACUUUCCGGCGGCGUACAUGCACAGCUUCUUCAUGACGCAAAACUAUAUUGUCUUCUGCGUCCAGUCAACGCAAUUUGCGUGGGGUGGCUUGAAGAUUCUCUGGGAGAGGAACAUUCUCGACGCCAUUAAGCCGUUUGAUCCCUCUGUUCCGUGCAGGUGGGCGGUGGUGGACCGAAGGCAGGGGAAGGGCGUCGUGGCGGAAUUUUCGACUCCGGCUGGGUUCUUCUUCCACUCAGCGAAUGCGUUUGAGGAGGUGGUCGAGGACGAGAGCGGCAAUAGCCAUACAGAGAUUUGCAUGGACGCCAUCUCGUACAACAACACUGACAUCAUGCGCAUGUUCUACUACGACAUUCUCCUUGACCGAAACGAUGCGACGAAGAAGACUAUGCUCGACAAGCAGUUCUACAAAACCACCCAGAACCGUCUCUCGCGAUAUCGCUUCCGCCUCCCGUCCAAGCCACAAUCGUCCAAGGAAAAGGCAUCUGCCGUAGCCGAAGAGGUCCUCUCCAUUCCCACCCCUCACGUCGGCGAGCUUCCCACCAUCAACCCCAAGCUCGCCGGCCAGCCAUACCGAUACGUCUACACCGUAACCAACAGAGGCCUCUACGUCUUCGCCGACUCCAUCGCCAAGACAGACCUGCACACCAAGGCCACUCUCAUAUGGAGCGGUCCCAAGGGGCAUUCCCCCGGCGAAGCCAUCUUUGUGCCUCGGCCGGGAGGCACGGACGAGGACGACGGGGUGCUGCUCUCGGUGGUGCUAGACGGGACGCUGGAGAAGUCGUAUCUGCUGUGCUUGGAUGCGAGAACGAUGGAGGAGAUGGGGAGGGCGGAGGCGGAUUUUGCGAUUCCGCUUGGUUUGCAUGGGGCGCAUCAGGCGAGGAGACCUUUUUGA